CUAUGGCUAUAGAGUCCUCUAACCCAUCGUGCGAGGUCCGCCGACCUCCGCACAAGUCCCAUCCCAAGGGGCUGUGCUCGGGGUCUUCCUCCUUCUCCACCACCCCCAUGCCUCUAUACAAGCAGAAAUCCUGGUCCCCCGAUGACCUCCGCGACGAGGCUUGGCUUCGACGCAAAGGCCACUGGAAGAACCGUCGCUCCAAGAGCGUCACCGAUGAGGACGUUGACGAGCUCAAGGCUUGCAUUGAAUUAGGCUUCGGGUUCGAUUCCUCUCCCGAGCUUGAACCGGACCAGCGUCUGUCCGAUGCUCUCCCCGCUCUUGGCCUCUAUUAUGCCGUCAACAAGAGCUACGACUAUCUUUUUUCCAAGUCCUCCGCCCCUACCACGCCGUCUGACUGCCAUUCCACUCCCUCUCCCGUCGCUAGUCCCCCCUCUACCACGCCAAUCUUCUCCCACGGCGAUAAUCCCCAGACGGUGAAGACGAGGUUGAAACAGUGGGCUCAGGUCGUUGCUUGUGCGGUGCGUCAAAGUCCACGGGCAUGAUGGUGAUGCCGGCCGAUGCUCAUGAUGAUAAGGAACCUCCCUGCAUGUUUGAUCAUGAUUUGCCACCCACACACCAGGGAAACUUUAUAUAUUAUGUUAUAUAAGUAAAAGAAAAGGUCAAAUCACCUGCAGUAAACAAAAUUGUGCUAGUUGGGUAUUGAUUAGUUAGUCGAUGACACGGCGCUGCCCGCGGUGUUCACAAAACUUUCUUCCCUUAGAAUGCGAGAUCCGGGCAGAUUAAUAUAAUAGUGGUGUAAUGCGUAAUAUAGUAACACUGGCGCGUACGAAGCAGAUUUUUGUGACAGAAAA